AAACUCCAAGUUUACUUUCUCUCUCUAAAUCCCAAAAAAUGGCAGCUAAAACCCUACUCCGUUCCGGAGCUUCAGUCGUAAAUCGCUUCCUUAAUCCAACCUUAACUCAGAAAUCAACGAGUUUAACUCAGAAAACCCUAAUUUCUUCUUCUGUAAACCCCUCAUCGAAGCUUUUGAUUACCCCUCCAUUAUCAAAUCCUCACUCCUCUCUGUAUCUUCUUCAAAACGAUGCCGUAUCUUCCAACAACAAUGGAAAAGAGAAGAUGGAGCAAGAAAAGAGAUUGGAGAUUGCAAAGAUUUUGAACCCUUGUGGUCAGCCUUCCCUUGAAUUCUUCUUGCCUGAUGCCGAUGAUUCUUCAAGCGAUGCAAUGAUCUUAUUUCCCAAGAGAACCUUCCAGCCUAGCACCCUUCGCCGGAAAAGGAAUCACGGAUUCUUUGCUCGCAAGGCUACAAAAGGUGGGCGGAGAGUGAUUGCUCGGAGAAUAGCAAAGGGACGACACAGAGUCACAGCUUAGAUUUUAUGUGUCGAUCAGUUGUAUUUGCUCUCAAGCCUUGUAAGAUUAAAGCACAUAAGAGAAUUCUUAAUCUGGUGUGCUAGAUUAGCCUUCUUUUUGUUUGGAUAGGAUGCUGGUACUCUCUGGUAGUAUUGUCACGAUGUUUGAUAUUUUUAAAGUCAAACCGCGCUUUGCUGGUUUAUAUAGACAGUUGAUUUAUUUUAAUUUUCUUUUAGAAUUCAAGUGGAAAAAAUAAUAAGUUGAAUUUUAUGUUGUACUCCGUACUUUCUAAGAGUAUUAAUGGGUAAUGACUAGUGAAUACUGAAUAGCAGGAAUUUUACUGAA